AUGGUGUCCCCAGAGGAAUAUCCUCAUGGAUGUUGUCCCCAGAAGGGUAUCCCGGGAGAUGAUGCUUUGCUGUCCCGGGCUGCUAUCCCCGGCGCGGACGCGCGGGACGCCGGCUUCGUGAUAGACCCCCGGCAACCCACUGCCUUCCGAGUGGUCUCCAACUCGGCCCCCCACCUGGUGGACAUCAACCCCGGGUCUGGGCUGCUGGUCACCAAGCAGAAGAUCGACCGGGACUUACUGUGCCGGCAGAGCCCCAAGUGCGUCAUCUCUCUGGAGGUGAUGUCCAGCUCCAUGGAGAUCUGCGUGAUCAAGCUGGAGAUCAAGGACCUCAACGACAACGCGCCCAGCUUCCCCACUGACCAGAUCGAGCUGGAGAUCUCAGAGACCGCCAGCCCCGGCACCCGCGUCCCACUGGAGAGUGCCUAUGACCCAGACUCGGGCAGCUUUGGAGUACAGAGCUAUCAGAUCACCCCCAACGACCUCUUUGGGCUGGAGACCAAGACAAGGGGAGAUGGCUCUCGCUUUGCUGAGCUGGUGGUGGAGAAGAGCCUGGACCGCGAGACCCAGUCCCACUACAGUUACGUGAUCACGGCGCUGGAUGGCGGUGACCCGCCCAACUUUGGCACUGUAGAGCUGAGCAUCCGCGUCAUCGACUCCAAUGACAACAACCCUCUCUUCGAGGAGCCAGCCUAUACUGUCAGCGUGCCUGAAAAUGCCCCACCAGGCACACCAGUCAUCCGCCUCAACGCCUCUGACCCGGAUGAGGGCACCAAUGGGCAGGUGCUCUACUCUUUCCACAGCUAUGUCUCUGACCGGGCUCGAGAGCUCUUCCAGAUUGACCCUCAGAGCGGCCUCAUCACAGUCAGUGGUGCCAUCGACUAUGAGGAGGGACAUGUAUAUGAGCUGGAUGUGCAGGCCAAGGACUUGGGACCUAACUCCAUCCCUGCCCACUGCAAAGUGACCAUCAGCGUGCAGGACGCCAACGACAACCCUCCCCUCAUCAACCUUCUCUCCGUCAACAGUGAGCUGGUGGAGGUGAGCGAGAACGCCCCUCCGGGGUACGUCAUCGCCUUGGUGCGGGUCUCGGACCGUGACUCAGGGGCCAAUGGACGUGUGCAGUGCAAGCUGCUGGGCAACGUACCCUUCCGGCUGCAGGAGUAUGAGAGCUUCUCCACCAUCCUGGUGGAUGGGCGGCUGGACCGUGAGCAAAGGGACCAGUACAACCUCACCAUCCAGGCCAAGGACAAUGGUGUCCCCUCCUUGCAGGCUACCAAGUCUUUCACUGUCAAGAUCACCGACGAGAAUGACAACCACCCUCACUUUUCCAAGCCCUACUACCAGGUCAUCGUGCAGGAGAACAACACCCCGGGGGCCUACCUCCUCUCAGUUUCAGCAAGGGACCCUGACCUGGGCCUCAAUGGCAGCGUCUCCUACCAGAUCGUGCCCUCCCAAGUCAGGGACAUGCCUGUCUUCACCUAUGUCUCCAUCAACCCCAACUCUGGAGAUAUCUAUGCUUUGAGGUCCUUCAAUCAUGAACAGACCAAGGCCUUUGAGUUCAAAGUCUUGGCGAAAGAUGGGGGCAAUCCGUCUCUUCAGAGCAAUGCCACUGUCAGGGUGAUUGUCCUGGACGUCAACGACAACACCCCGGUGAUCACGGCCCCACCGUUGGUCAAUGGGACCGCGGAGGUGUACAUCCCCCGGAACGCAGGGGUUGGCUACCUGGUGACAGUGGUCAAAGCAGAUGACUAUGACGAGGGUGAAAAUGGCAGGCUUUCCUACGAAAUGGUGGAAGGAGACAGAGGAUUUUUUGAGAUAGACCAGGUCAAUGGAGAGAUAAGGACCACCAGAGCCUUUGGGGAGAAUGCCAAGACAGCCUACGAGCUGAUCGUGGUGGCUCACGACCAUGGAAAAACAUCCCUGUCGGCCUCUGCCUUGAUUUUGAUAUACCUGUCCCCAGCCCUGGAUGCCCAGGAGUCCAUAGGAUCUGUAAACCUCUCCCUGAUUUUCAUUAUUGCCCUGGGGUCUAUUGCAGCCAUUCUUUUUGUCACUAUGAUCUUCGUGGCCGUAAAGUGCAAAAGGGAUAACAAGGAAAUCAGGACCUAUAACUGCAGAAUUGCAGAGUACUCCUACGGGCAUCAGAAGAAAUCAAGCAAGAAGAAGAAAAUCAGCAAGAACGAUAUCCGCCUGGUUCCACGCGACGUGGAGGAGACGGAUAAAAUGAACGUUGUGAGCUGUUCCUCCCUCACCUCAUCCCUCAACUACUUCGACUACCACCAGCAGACUCUGCCUCUGGGCUGCCGCCGCUCCGACAGCACCUUCCUCAACGUGGAGAGCCAGAACAGCCGCAACGCCGGCUCCAACCACAUCUACCACCACACCUUCACGGGGCAGAGCCCCCAGCAGCCUGACCUCAUCAUCAACGGGAUGCCACUGCCCGAGACUGAAAAUUACUCCUUUGACUCCAACUACGUGAACAGCAGAGCUCAUUUAAUAAAAAGCUCCACGUUCAAGGAUCUGGAGGGAAACAGCCUGAAGGACAGUGGCCAUGAGGAGAGCGACCAGACUGACAGCGAGCACGACGUGCAGCGCGGCCUCUACUGCGACACGGCUGUCAACGACGUGCUCAACACCAGCGUGCCCUCCAUGGGUUCGCAGGGCCCCGAACCAGAUCAGAGCGAAGGAUUUCAUUGCAGGGAAGAAUGCCGCAUCCUGGGCCACUCGGACCGGUGCUGGAUGCCCCGCAGCGCCGUUCCCAGCCGCGCCAAGUCCCCUGAGCACGGCAGGAACGUCAUCGCCCUCUCCAUAGAAGCGACGGCGGUGGACGCGGAGCCUUAUGCAGACUGUAGUGCCAAAAGGACCUUCGCCACUUUCGGCAAGGAGGGCGGCGAGCUACAGGGGUGUUCUGUGGGCAAAUAG